ACUUACAAAUAGUUGCUGUGAUCGUGACUCUUGUCAAAAGUAUUAUAAGAUAAAAGCUUCUCGACAAAGCAUCGAUCUCAAGUUGACAUUGGUCUCUUCCAGCCUUCAACAUAGCUCGAUCAAUCUUAUCUCGACUAUCUCGUGGUUGUUGUCAUCACCACCACCAUCAUCUCACCAUGGCCGACGGGGAGAAGAGAAACAUUGUAGUCAUCGGAGGAGGAAUCAUUGGUUCAACAACGGCAUAUUACCUGACACGACAUCCAAGAUACGACCCCGAGAAGCACACAAUACACCUCAUAGAGGCCACGUCGAUAGCGAGCGGCGCAUCCGGCAAGGCCGGGGGACUACUCGCUCUCUGGGCAUACCCGUCAUGUCUCGUGCCGUUGAGUUUCAAGCUCCACGCCCAACUGGCCAAAGAACACGGUGGCGUUGACCGAUGGGGAUACCGCGGGGUAGGCGUCGGCCAGAUCGACCUGAAGGGGCGUCACGUCUCGAGUCGACCAAAGAUCACGGACAACAGCGGCGCGGAUGGCGCCGCCGAGGAGAUCCGAGGCAUUCAUCAGCCUGACGUGUCGAGCGACGCCGGUCAUGUGAGUCUACAGAAACGAAGCAAAGAGUCGUACGCGAACCUGAGAAAGAUGGGCCUGCCCGACGAUCUGGACUGGUUGGCCGAGGACUGCGUGCGAGGAUACGACAGCAUGGGUUCACCCAAGGAUACGGCACAAGUGCACCCCUAUCAAUUCACCACCUCGAUGGCGUCUCUCGCGGAAGAAAAGGGGGCCAAAAUCAUCAUCGGUAGCGUCCAAAAGAUCGAGACUUCAGCGGCGGGCGACCAUACGGUCAAGUACAAGGACAAGUCGACGAGUACGUUGCAAAGUCUGCCGGCCACCGAUGUCAUCGUCACGGCGGGGCCUUGGACCAAGACCGUCUGGCCGGGAGCACCGAUCGGUUCCCUCCGGGCGCACAGCGUGACGAUCCGUCCGACGAGGCCGGUGUCGGCUUACUGUCUGUUCACGCAACUGGCCUUGCCGAAGAACUUCAAGGACGGCGUCAAGUCGGGCGCCAUGUAUGUCAGCCCGGAAAUCUACGCACGGCCCAACAACGAGCUGUACGCCUGCGGAGAGGGAGACCACCUCGUGCCCCUGCCAAAGUCUGCCGCCGACGUCGAGGUCGACGACUCCCGGUGUCAGGACAUCGUCGACUACUGCGCUAGUUUCUCGGACGAGAUGCGAGACGGUGAGGUCCUGGUCCGCCAGGCCUGUUACCUGCCUCAAGUGGAAACCGGGUCGGGUCCACUGGUCGGACACACAAACACCAAGGGUGUCUACAUCGCAGCGGGGCACACGUGCUGGGGAAUCCAGAACGGUCCGGCCACGGGUAAGUUGAUGAGUGAGUUUGUGUUUGACGGCAAGGCCGUCAGUGCAAACAUCAACAGUCUGGAUCCGAGGAGGGUGUUGAGGUAAAUGGUGGGAGAAAUAUAUUCUGUGCACAAAGACAUGGUAGAUAUAACACAUAGCACGAACGCAUGAUUCUCCACCUUAUUCGCC